AUGGACGCCUUCCUCGGAACGUUCAAGCUACAGAACAGUGAGGGCUUCGAUGAGGUUAUGGGUCGCCUGGACGGCCGUACUGUGGAAUCUACCAUCACUAUGGACGGUGAUAUCAUGAAUCAGGUGCAAGUUGGCGAUAAAACCACCUAUAUCACCCGCAAGAUUGAGGAAAAUAUGCUCAAAACUACUGUCAAAGUCGAGGAACUCGUCAGCCACAGGGACUACGUCCGCGUCUAG